CUAUAAUUAUUGUUGCUUUAAUUCCACAUUCAAUAGCAAAUAAGAGUAAAAAAAUAACUUCAUAUGAAAAAACCAGUUUUGCAGCUUCAACUACCAUUGUUUCUCCUUCAUGAUGAUUUGUUAACCCAUUUUCAUUAGUGAUGAAGCAACAACCAGCAAACAAGCAACAGCUGUUGUGGGCAAGAGUGGUUAUGCGCAAAUGGCUUAACAUGAGUAGCAACGAGCCUGAUUACAGUGCUGAUCCUGAUGAUGAUGUUAAUGAGGAUGACCCUGACAGUGACUCAGACAAUGAAGAGCGGUUUGUGGACAGCAGAGGGGAACAAGCUCCAACGGAAUCAAAUGAAUUUCUUCCAAGGUUAAGGAGGCAAAAGUCAUUAACAUCUAGGUCUCAGUAUAUAAACAACAAGGAACUGAGAGUAUGUGUUGGGACAUGGAAUGUUGGAGGAAAACUUCCACCUGAUGACUUAGAUAUUGAUGAUUGGCUAGGCGUUAACAACCCAGCUGAUAUCUAUGUCUUUGGUCUUCAGGAGAUUGUACCUUUAAACCCUGGUAACAUUUUUGGUGCUGAAGAUACUCGGCCGGUACCAAAAUGGGAAAAUAUUAUUAGAAAUACACUGAAUAGAGUAAGACCAAAAGCACCUAAGGUGAAAUCCUUCAGUGAUCCCCCAUCUCCAUCAAAGUUUAAGCCAUCAGAUGAUGUUCCAGACAUAGAAGAAGAAAUAUUGCUUGAAAGUGAUAGUGAUAUUGGUGUAGAAGUCCAUCCUUUUGAUGAAGAACAGAAUGUUUAUGAUGGAGGGACACAUAAACCAAUUGCAAAUGAAGAAGUCUUGAACCAGAAUUUUCAGGCUUCAGAUGCUGCUGAUACUUCCAACACAGUAGUGCCAGUGGACAAUGAUUUACUGAGACAGUUUUCUUAUCCAAAGAGGUUGAAUAGGCUGAAUUGUUUCCGAGAUGAAAAUUCAUCAGAAUACAAGGAAACAUCAUCUUCUCAACAGGCCAAUAAGCUAUCCAGAAUGAUUAGUAGUUCUGAAAGGAUUGGCUUGAGCUGGCCAGAGCCACCACUACAUCUGCUACCAGAGAGAGCAGCAUUGGAUAGACCAACUUCUUUUAAAUCUAUCAGAUCCUUUAAAGCGUCAAAGUCUUUCAAAACAUAUAAUUCUUUCAAGCCAACCAUAGAUGAAAUAGGCUUGCUUGCUGAAAUUGAUCUUGAAGCUUUAAUGAAGAGGAAAAGGAGGUCAUCAUAUGUAAAGAUAGUGAGCAAACAGAUGGUUGGGAUUUUCAUCACCAUAUGGGUUCGUCGUAGCUUGCGUAAACAUAUUCAGAAUUUAAAGGUGUCAACUGUUGGUGUUGGUGUUAUGGGCUAUAUUGGUAACAAGGGAUCGAUAUCUAUCAGCAUGUCUAUAUAUCAGACACUUUUUUGUUUUAUAUGCACCCACCUUACAGCAGGUGAAAAGGAAGGAGAUGAACAUAAAAGAAAUGCUGACGUCCGUGAGAUACAUCAAAGAACCCAUUUUUAUUCUCUUACUGAUAUUGGAGUUCCCAGAAGCAUCCUCGAUCAUGAAAGAAUAAUUUGGUUGGGUGAUCUGAAUUACCGUAUCAACUUGUCAUAUGAGAAAACAAGAGAUUUUAUAUCAAAAAAGCAAUGGUCAAAAUUGAUUGAGAAAGACCAGCUUGUGAAAGAACUUAAGAAAGGCGUGUUUGAUGGAUGGUCAGAAGGCACAUUAAACUUCCCACCAACUUAUAAGUAUGAGACUAAUUCAGAGAAAUACUAUGGAGAGGACCCAAAGAUUGGGAGGCGCACACCUGCAUGGUGUGAUCGUGUUCUUUCAUAUGGCAAGGGAAUGAGAUUACUUAGUUAUGGAAGGACUGAACUCAAAUUUUCAGACCACAGACCUGUGACUGCCACAUAUAUGGCCGAGGUUGAGGUGUUCUCCCCAAGGAAACUACAGAAAGCCCUGACAUUCACUGAUGCAGAGAUUGAAAAUGAAGAAGUCAUAACAAAUUUAGGGCCAUUGUAUGAAUUCUGAAUGAAGUAUUCAUUGAAUUGAAAGGAGCAACAGUGAUAGCUAUUGCAACUUCUCAAAUUCACAUUGCCACAGCUAUAUUUUCGAUUUCUUCAUUAGUUUUUUUAUUUUGACAUAUUUACUUUUAGAGAAAAUAUUUGUAUGAUUAGUUUAUAUGGUAUCUUACGAAUAAGAUUUUAAGUUUGUUGAUAGAUUGGCUGUAUCAUAUAUAUUUAUUGACUGCUGAACUGUGACUUGCACUGUAAGACUUU